UCAGCGGAGCCGAAUCAAAACAAGCCGGAGACCCGCCUUUUCCCUCCGGCUCGGGAGCGUCUCGCUCGCGUCCCGAGCCCGCGGCGCUCGCGCGGCUGCGAGCCUCGGGUGGCCGCGCGCCGGCUCCAGGAAGCCGGAGAGGGCGCGGCGGCCGGGAUGGCGCGGCGCGGGCCGCGCGGCUAGACGGGCGCCGGAGGAGCCGCCGGCCCGCGCCCUCCAUUCUCUGCCUCCCGGAGCCCGCUCCGCGCGGCCCGGGAGCGGCCGUGCGGCGGGGAGUCGCCUUCGCUGACGCCGGGCACCUGGACGCUCGCGAGAUGCCCAACCCCAAAAACAGCAAAGGCGGCCGCAAAAACAAGCGCGCCAACAGCAGCGGGGACGAGCAGGAAAAUGGAGCCGGGGCCCUGGCAGCGGCGGGCGCGGCGGGCGCGGCGGCCGGGGGGGGCCUGGCGGCGGCGGCCGGCUGCGGAGCGGCGGCGGCGGGAGCGCCGGGCACCGGGGGCGCGGCGGGCACCGGAGGCGCGGGGACUGGCGCCGCCAACGCCGCGGUCGCCGCGGGGGCUGCAGCCGCGGGCGACGCCAAGAACGAAGCCCCGUGUGCCACGCCCCUGAUCUGCAGCUUCGGGAGGCCGGUGGACCUGGACAAGGACGACUACCAGAAGGUGGUGUGCAACAACGAGCAUUGCCCCUACAGCAGCUGGAUGCACCUGCAGUGUUUCUACGAGUGGGAGAGCAGCAUCCUGGUCCAGUUUAACUGCAUCGGCCGCGCACGCAGCUGGAACGAGAAGCAGUGCCGGCAGAACAUGUGGACAAAGAAGGGCUACGACCUGGCCUUCCGCUUCUGCUCCUGCCGCUGUGGACAGGGCCACUUAAAAAAGGACACGGACUGGUAUCAGGUGAAGCGGAUGCAGGAUGAGAAAAAGAAGAAAUCUGGGUCAGAGAAGAACACAGGGAGGCCCCCCGGUGAAGCGGGGGAGGAGGCCAAAAAGUGCCGGCCGCCCAACAAGCCCCAGAAAGGCCUGAGCCACGACCUCCCCCGGCGGCACUCCAUGGACCGGCAGAACUCCCAGGAGAAGGCGGUCGGGGCAGCAGCCUACGGGGCACGCUCCCCCUGCGCCUCCCCGGGCCAGUCCCCGCCCACCGGCUACUCCAUUCUCUCCCCUGCCCACUUCAGCGGCCCUCGCUCCUCGAGAUACCUCGGGGAAUUCCUAAAGAAUGCCAUCCAUCUGGAGCCGCACAAAAAGGCCAUGGCCGGGGGCCAUGUGUUCCGAAACACCCACUUUGACUACAGUCCAGCUGGGUUAUCGGUGCACCGGGGGGGCCACUUUGAUGCUCCCGUGCAGUUCCUGCGGCGCCUGGACCUGUCCGAGCUGCUCACGCACAUCCCUAGGCAUAAGUUGAACACUUUCCACGUGCGGAUGGAAGACGAUGCCCAGAUGGGCCAGGGCGAGGAUCUGCGGAAAUUCAUCCUUGCGGCCCUCAGUGCCAGCCACAGGAAUGUUGUAAACUGCGCUCUGUGCCACCGGGCACUCCCGGUGUUCGAACAGUUCCCUUUGGUGGACGGAACUCUGUUCUUAAGCCCGUCGAGACACGAUGAGAUCGAAUAUGACGUCCCGUGUCAUCUUCAAGGGAGGCUCAUGCACCUGUAUGCGGUGUGCGUGGACUGCCUGGAAGGGGUUCAUAAGAUCAUCUGCAUCAAGUGUAAGUCGCGGUGGGACGGCAGCUGGCACCAGCUGGGCACCAUGUACACCUACGACAUCCUGGCUGCCUCUCCAUGCUGUCAGGCCCGCCUGAACUGUAAGCACUGCGGGAAGCCGGUGAUCGACGUGCGGAUCGGGAUGCAGUACUUCUCGGAGUACAGCAACGUCCAGCAGUGUCCGCACUGUGGGAACCUGGACUACCAUUUCGUGAAGCCAUUUUCCUCCUUCAAAGUUCUCGAAGCUUAUUGAUGAAAGCUUUGCUUUAGGAAUAGCUAUUUUAUUGACUUUUAUUUCUUUAUUACAUAUCUUUUAUAGGGAAACAUUCUGUGACAUGACUUUCUUUUCUAAUUUAAAGGAGAGUUCCUUUGUGUAUGUGUGCCACUAAAACGGGGUUGGCCCCUUGCCCUCUCUUGACUCCUGAGUGUUGGUCUGUGGUCCUGACUGGAGCCCAAAUGGAUAAUCCCGUGAGUCUGGGGUAGAGGUUCACUCUCACUAAGAGUUUCUCGGACAGCUUUUAAGGUGGUGGGGAGGAUAGGGUGGAUUUAGUUAAAGGGAUUAUGGGAUUAUCAACUAAAAGCCUGGUGGGAGUUGGAAAGAAGCUCUUAUUAAAAUGUUAACUGUCUAAAGACCCACUUUUAGAUCUGCUCUUGAGAAGAACAUGGGACAGUGACUGAAAGUCUGUGCCUGGAGCGCUGGGAGUGCACUAGUCUGUCUUGGCUCAGGGUUGUGCCGGCACACUGACCUGUAGAUGAUUGGAAAGCAGAUACGAGUGGUGUUUCUAUCACCUCUGUGAUUAGGCAGGCAGUUUUCACACUGAAAAUUAUAUCCAAAUUAUAAGACAUAGGAAAACUAGUGGUGUUGCAAAUGUUUUUAGGUAAACUGACCUGUAACAGAGAGAACAUACCGAAUGAAUUUGGAAGUGAUGCACAUGGACUCAAGGGGGCAAGAUCAGGUGGAACCCUGUCUUUGGAAUUGUGUCUUUGAAGUUGGUCAGAUGAGCUCUUAAGGAGAACCCAUGAAUGACAUGAUUUGGGUGGUACUGAUUUAUGUAGGUUGCACUGUCCAGGGGCCAUUUGAUGUCAGAUUCUUCUCACAGGUAAAUCUCACAGCCAUAGACCCUAACUGGUGAAAUUCAGAACCAUCAUCACUUUGCUUUUUCUAACACAAAAUUGUUAUGGCCACAUUUUAUCCAUUUAAUGCUGAGCUUCCCAAAUCAUAGGUUUGACCCCAAGAAGGAAAGGAAAAAAUUGCUUUGUGAGGAUAUGAGGAAAGGAAUAAUAAUUUCAAUAUUUCUUUUUAAAGUGUGUUUUCAUUUCUCAAAACACGGAUUGUAAUAUAUAACAGUAUUUUGAAAAUAGAUCAUUCUGAAGCUCUCCAUGAUACUUCACCAUUAGUGAAACAAGAUGAUAAUUUGUAUAACUUGAUUAGUCAGAGCAUUGGGCUUUCCAAAAUACAGCCUUUUGUGAUUAGAGCUUGAUGAUUUAAAUAGACUGACACCCUAUACCAUCAUAGAAUUGGAAUUGGAAUAUGAUUUCUCAAAAAUGGAUUUGGUAAUUUCAAGUAUUGUACACAUAUAUGCUAAUAGAAAGCUGAAAAUACAUCUAUUUUAUGGGUAGCCAAAUUUGGAGUGAUGUGAACAGUUUGUAUUACUCAUGUGGUUUAUACCUUUUUUUUUUUUUUUCUCAGAACAGCUGUUUUACCUCUGAGAAGUUUUUAGGUAUUACUGCAAGCAAGUUUGAGUUCUACUGUAUGAAAUAUUUGAUGUUUUUUUUUUUGAAACAACAGAGCAUUGAAGAACCAAUAUAUCAGCUAAUAUUCUUAUCUUUCAGUUUGGAUGAUUGUAAUUCGGUUUACUGCCUCUCAUUUGGUGGUUGAUGGUCUGAAAAAUAUUUCACAGUGGGGGGAAAUGCUCAGUGCCUCUAUGAAGCAGCGAAUCGAUAUUGGCCUGAAAAAGGCCUAUAGAACAGAGCCCUUGCAGAUGUGUCCUUAAUACACAGAGCUGUAUUUGUGAGUUAACUGGUGCCCCACGGAUUCUCUCAUGUGCCCAAGUAUAAAAAUUCGUAGGUUUCUCGUGUCUUGAGGUAAUAUUUGAGUUUCAGUUCUGAAUUUCAAAUGGAUAAUAAAAUAUUGUAAUGCUGUUUUUUAAUGCACCUAAAAUUUUAUAGAGAAACUUGCUUAUUAGUAUUGUUCUGGAUCUUAAAGGUUAUAUAUAAAUCAUGUUCAUAAGCUCCUUAGUCUAAGACUGCUGUGAAUGUGGUGUCUGAUGCAUUCAGUAUUUUCUUCUUCUAUUGGUUUGUACUCUCCGAAAAAUAAGUAGGAGGAGUUUUCCCUGUAAUUGGAUAAAAUUUGCUUUUGGCCUUUAUUUGAACCACAAAGUUAGGAUUCUGUGGAUGCUGCGGUUCUGAAAAAGGAGAGGGAUAGGUAUCAUCCCUAUAGGAUGAUUCUCCCUAUAGGAGAAUAUUGUUUGCCUUUAAGGCAUCACAUUUUCUUCUAAAGUAGAAAAUCUGGCUUAUUUGAGAAUGAAAUACAAUGAGUAUGCAACAAUGUGGAGAAUAAAUCUUAUUGUGGAAAUCUGCUAUUCUUAGUAUUUUCACCAGAUUUUCUCAAAGUACUUUGCUCUGAAUACAUCAGUGGAAAUUAGAGUAUGUCAAAAAAGAUGACUAUUUUGUUGUGGUUUGGAUAUUAAAGGAUAUUAGUCACCCAAGAGACCCAUUUUUCUGUUUUUCUGAUAGACAGUGUUCAAUAAAAUGAACCACUCAUAAGUGAUUAAUAAUUUCAAAGUGAUUUUUUUUACCUGUUCUAACUUUUUAAAAAAAUCAUUUAUUUUUUUAAGAGUUCUGUACCUGGAACAAAUAAAAUUUUACCUGCUUCAGUUCAGUGAGAAACCAUUUCUGAUGGCUUUAUCGUUUCUCUUUAGGCUAACUCAGUUCUCCAUUCUCUUCUGGCUGCACAUGAAGCAAGUGAUAAUACCGAGUUUAUCAACUACUUGAUUUUAAAAGAUAGACAUUGGCCAUAAAAUUGGGCGGUGGGAUGAAUUAUUCCAUUCAAACUAAGCCAGAGCUCUCCCUGGUCUUUAAUUUCCAGGUUUUGCAGAAGUUUAUUUUCAGAGUAAAAAGUAUUUUCAUUGCUUUUGGGGGGAAAUUAACUCAAGGAAGGAAUAUUAUUAGGUGUUUAAAUACUAAAACUAACAGGCUGAUGCAUAACUUAGUAGACCAUGAAGACUAAUUUGCUGAAAUUUUGUGUUUUGUCCCCUAAGACCAACGCCUCACGUACAGUUGGUUCUCCUGUACCCGGGUCGGGACCUCCGCGUGGCUUCUCCUCUUUGGUCUCCUGGUUGCAGCUCUUGAGCAGUUUCAGUUGGUUGUUUGGGAGGACUUGAGGAGAAAGCGCUCCUGUUCAGUGUUUUUGUUCCUUUAAUAGGAUGCUGCCUAACCCAGCUCAUCUCUAUGUCCUUUGACUUCAUUAUUACUCCAGGUAAUUGAAAGAAAACAUAACGGAUGGGCAUCGUUAAAACCAGCUCAAAAAUAUAUUCUUGUCCUAAAGAUUUCUUGUCAAGAUGUCUUGGAUUGCACUUUUGUUGAGGGAAGACAGUGUAAAUAGUUAAAGAAUGUGGAUAAAACUGAAACAAUUUGGUUAUGGAAUUGUGUGUGGUGUUUGAAGGUUUCUGUUUGUGAAAUGUAUGUAUUAAAAAUAAUAAAAUCUCAGAAGCUAACGUUGUACUCUC